AUGAUAACUCCUUUCUUUACCAUCAGCCAGGAUGAUGAGUUUAUUUUUAUCGACGUCAAGGUAUCCCAUAUCCGUUUUAAUGCUCAAUCAAUUGAAAUGGUAGUCCAAGAUGAGCUUUUCAUAUUCGCAUUACCUCCAUACUAUCUAAGAUUGAGACUUCCGUUUCGCUGUGUAGACGACGAAAGAUCACAUGCUGCCUAUGACAGCAAGAGUGAAUGCGUUAAGAUCAAAAUAGGGAAGGAAACAAAGGGACAGUUUUUCCCAGACUUGGACUUGACAACAAAGUUACUAGCCAGACUAAACGAAAGUGAAGGUAAGGAGAAGGACGCCAAAAAUGGAGGUGCAGGCCCAUUAAUCCAAGAAUUGGAUAUUGAUAAUAACAAUAUUGCUGCUAGCAACUCCGCUGUAAUAUCUGAAGGCGAAAAGUUUGAUUGGGAAGUGUCCCAAACACAGGCUGAACGGCUAAGUAACUUAGUUGAGGUUGCACCUGAUUUUAAGUACGGCUUCAAUAAUACUUUCUCCGAGAUAAUUGGGGUAUCAGUAUCCAAUGGUAAUGACAUCAAUGAACUAGGAGAUCCUGAGCAUACCUUACUGGCAGAUCGUAUAAAUGAGAGGCUUAUCAAGGAAAACAUCAAAUUCGACCCAGAGUAUUAUGCUGCUGACUACAUCAUGGCCAAGUACCCUUCGCCUGACGAUGAUAAGAACUUUAAACAAUUAAUAGAUUGGAAGUCUCCUAGUACCAAAAAAUUCAUGAAAUGGUACAAGGCUCAACAGGAGCUUUCUCAGGAUGCAAGAGAGUCUAUAAUGAACGUAGAAUUCUCCAAAGAGGAGCAAGAGAAAUUAUUGGAUCUUCCUAGAAAAAGUUAUCUUAUAGAAGAUCCAGCGAUUCAAAAACAACUUCUCCUUCUUCUCAUAUCUCUUCUUUUCGCUUAUCAUUUCGACAUGAGAGAAACUGAAGGUGAUCAUAACAUCGAAAGUGCUUGGACUGUGGGAAAAUUGACUCCACAAAUUUCGUUCUUAGAUGCUCAACUAGACAAUUCUGAAGGAAACGUACUUAAAGCUGGAGUGAUAACAUCAAUAAGAAGGGCACUCUCGUAUCCAUUGCAUCGUAAUUAUACUUUAGUUCAAAGAUGCUGGGACGAUGUCUAUUAUAACUUGAGAGGUGGUAAGAGAUUAAUAAUCAAGAGUUUGUUGGAUGUGAGAGAACUCUUCAGAUUUCAUGAUGUUUAUUACGUCUAUAAUAAGAUUUGGAUCGAUGACUUAUGUUCAUGGGUGAUUAGCGAUGCAGUUGGAGAAGGUUUGAUUAGACAAUUGGCCCAUGACUUGAAAAAGGAAUAUAGCAGUCUCCUGAAAGCCGAUAUAACCUUUGAAAAAUUAAACGAAGAUAAGAUGGAAGAAGGUGAAGAUAGAGAGGGACAUGAACAAGAACAAGGACGAAGCCAGAAUGAUGAUGACGAUGAUGAUGAAAUAGUUGCCUUGAACUUAGAGGAAUUGGAGCUAAUGGCAGAACAGCUGUUUGAAGAAUAUCAAAAUGCUUAA